GGCCAUCGUCGGCGCGCACAUGAGCCCUCCUCUCGCAGAGGCAGGGCAGGGCCCCUCCUCUGCAGCGCUGACGGUCAAGAUGUUGAAAAUUAUCUUAUGGAUAUGCUGGACCCUAGCCAUAACAUAUGCAUUCCGCAAAGUGAAAGUGGAAAAAAGCCCCCCAGUGAAGGGCUCCCUUGCUGGAAAAGCAGUUCUUCCUUGCUUCUUCUCAACCUUGCCUACAUUGCCCCCAAGCUACCACAAUACGAGUGAAUUUCUUCGGAUCAAAUGGUCAAAGGUUGAGCAGGAUAAAGGAGGAAAAGACCUAAGAGAAUCUACAGUUUUGGUAGCUCAAAAUGGAAAUAUCAAGAUCGGACAAGGCUACAAAGGGAGAGUGUCAGUUCCAAGCCACCCAGAAGACAUUGGUGAUGCUUCAUUAACUAUGGUGAAAUUGCGGGCAAGUGAUGCUGGGGUUUACCGCUGUGAUGUCAUGUAUGGAAUAGAAGACACUCAAGACAUCAUCUCACUGGCUGUUGAUGGUGUUGUGUUCCACUACCGUGCAGCCACCAGCAGGUAUACCAUGAAUUUCAAGCAGGCUCAGGAGGCUUGUUUAGAGAACGGUGCUGUUAUUGCAAACCCUGAUCAACUGAAAGCAGCUUAUGAAGAUGGAUUUGAGCAGUGUGAUGCUGGCUGGUUGUCUGACCAGACUGUUAGGUAUCCCAUCAGGCUACCCAGAGCUGGCUGCUAUGGAGACAUGAUGGGAAAGGAAGGAGUCAGGUCCUAUGGAUAUCGUCUUCCCAAUGAAACCUACGAUGCCUAUUGCUAUGUGGGAAGCUUGAAUGGGGAUGUCUUCCAUGUAACUGCUCCCAACAAGCUAACCUUUGAAGAAGCUAAAAGGCAGUGUGAAGCACAGGAUGCAGUUCUUGCGUCUGUUGGUGACCUACAUGCUGCCUGGAGGAAUGGCUUUGACCAGUGUGACUAUGGCUGGCUGGCUGAUGGCAGUGUGCGCUACCCUGCUUCUGUGGCAAGAAUGCAGUGUGGAGGAGGUUUGCUUGGCAUCAGAACCCUCUUCCGCUAUGAGAACCAAACAGGAUUUCCCUACCCAGAUAGCCGAUUUGAUGCCUAUUGUUUUAAACCUAAAAAGAAUGUAUCAGAUUCUACAUCUGUUGAACUACAUAUACCUCUGGAAAGUGGAUCAGACAAUUUAUUAACAGAACUGAAGAUAAUGCCAUCCAAAGCUUCAGUUCAGCCCCAUGUCAUACCUGGAGAUAAAAAGGAGGAGAAUGUACCUAAGAAACCCAUUCAUUUAUCUACUGUUCUACCUCAGACUGUUAUAGACUUUACUGAUUCAUCAAAAGUGACAGAAUUGGGUACAAUGACUCAACAUCUACCUACAACAUCUAUCUUGGACCUCCAUGAAGAUGCUUCCUUGAGUCCUGAAAGGCAAACUGAACAGAUAGAGGUGGGACCAAUAAGAACUUCUGUAGAUGCUGUAUUCAGAGUUAAUUUGAGUGUUCCUGUUGAAACUGAGACUUCUGUAACUCUAAAAAUGGAAGAAACACAGCUUGGCACCCAUCCUACGAAAGUGUCAAUGGAAGCAAAAACUGACACAAAACUCACAACUGUUGUCAUUCCCAAAGAACAGCUCACUGAUAAACAUGAACCUACUUCAGAAGAAGAUGACAGUGAUCAGAUACUAGUGACCCCUAGCAGUGUCCCAGAGCUAGAUGUUGUUAAAGUGUCAAAGACUUAUUUGGAUGAAAAGGCUACACCUGUACCAGAUGAGCUGUCCUCAGUAAGCUUAUUUGAAAGUAAGAAACCAGCUACAAAAAACCAUGAGAUACCAGUUUCUACAGCAACUGAUAAAAUUAGAGUAGUACAGGUGGAUUCUACAGAAUCAAAUGAGAAUGAAAAGCAUACAGUGGCCCCCACUGAUUCAGGUAAGAGUAAAGACCAUGAAAAACUUAUUCCCACACAUACAACUUUAGAUGGAAAGGUGAUCACAGUAUCUAAAAUGUCACUAGUUGAAAGCAGCAUGCCAUCUUUUACUCCUGCAUCAGACACUACAAAGUUACCAAGGGACAUGUCUACUGUCACAGACACAAGUAAAAUAUUGGACCUGGCAGGAGGUUUUGCCAAAGAUGAAAAGGAUGAAAUAACAAGGCAUCAUGAUAUAAUCACAAUGCUUCCACCUACACCAGAAAUGAAACCAGAAAAGCCUGAAGGGAAAACAGAUCAGAAAUAUGAUUGGGCUUAUGAAGGGAGCACGACUGAGCAGCAGCCUGACUUAGGCACUCCAAGAAAAGUGACUACUAUUUAUCCUUCAAUGGGCAUUGAAGACAUAACAGGCACACAAUUUGUUACAUUUAUAGGUGCAGCAAAAAUGACUACUUCAGUUUCACUAUCAAAGAUAGAACCUGGCUCUACCCCUAUUUACAAAACUUUGGCAGAUGGUUAUAAGAAAGAUGUGGUCACUGCUACUAUUCAUACAGAUAUUACAGGAACACCGACUGAGGCUGCAACAUUUAUUCAAGGGGAAUCCAGCACUAAAGAUCAAGCUAUAGACCAACUGGCUACUGUGGUAGAUGCUACAAACUUGCCUUUGUUACCUGGACAUGAUAUAGCUAUUGAAGGAUCUGCAUAUGAAGAAAACUAUACAACUACAGAAGCUUUGGAGCCAGGAGUAAAAAUGCCUGUUUAUGAUAUAGCCACAAAGCCUGAACUGUCUUCCCAUGGAGAUGCUGUCACUGAACACAGAUUAAAAUCUACUGGAGUGCCUCCCACAAAGCCAGGCAUUGAGAAUGAAAGUGAAGCACCUUCAAUUGAAUCUGUAGGCACAACUGAAUCUGUUGCUCCUGUAGCUGAAAAAUCUACUGAUAUGGUAAAAAUAGAUAGCCUUACAACUCAUAGUCCAGAAGGUUCAGGAACAACAGAAGAUGCCAUGAGAACGGAUUCUGUUUUAUUGUCAGCUAUGGCAACAAGCAAACCGACAAUGCUAAGUGGUAUAACCACAUCUACAGUUGCUGCAGUAGACAAAAUCCAGCCUACUUCAGCAUUCAAGCCUUUAAUUACCAAAACACAACCACCUUUAAUUGACAGGGAACCAGACGAGGAUGCAAACAUAGACAUGGUAAUAAUUGAUGAAUCUAUUUCUACCAUUAAAACCCCUACUGAUGAUGAUUUUACAGGGAAGAUCAUAGAACCAGAUAUUGAUACUGAAUAUUUUACAUCAUCGAGUGUUACAGCAAUUGCCCAGCCCACAGGACCACCCAAGGAGAUUUUAGAAUCUCAAGAAGAGCCACCUCCUACUUCAAAUGCUGACAUAGGGGUGGAAAGCAGACCUGAUAUAAAUCUGUUUGUUGUUAUCUCAGACAAUGAUACAGGCCAAGAUCCAUGCAAAAGUAAUCCCUGUCUACACGGAGGCACAUGCUAUCCUCGGGACUCUUUCUACAUUUGCACAUGUAUGCCAGGCUACAGUGGUGAACGAUGUGAAAUAGAUGUUGAUGAUUGUCAGUCAAGUCCUUGCAGAAAUGGAGCCACAUGCAUAGAUGGAGAUAACACAUUUACUUGCAUUUGUCUUCCAAGUUACGUUGGGGCUCUUUGUGAAAAAGACACUGAAACCUGUGAUUAUGGCUGGCAUAAGUUCCAAGGGCAGUGCUACAAAUACUUUGCCCAUCGUCGGACGUGGGAUGCAGCUGAAAGAGAGUGCCGUCUCCAAGGAGCCCAUCUGACGAGCAUCCUGUCUCAUGAAGAACAGAUUUUUGUGAACCGUAUUGGCCAUGAUUACCAGUGGAUUGGCCUAAAUGAUAAAAUGUAUGAGAAUGACUUCCGCUGGACUGAUGGCAGCGUUUUGCAAUAUGAAAACUGGAGACCAAACCAGCCAGACAGUUUUUUUUCCUCUGGAGAGGAUUGUGUGGUUAUAAUUUGGCAUGAAAAUGGCCAGUGGAAUGAUGUACCAUGUAAUUAUCAUCUCACAUACACCUGCAAGAAAGGAACAGUUGCUUGUGGCCAGCCUCCAGUAGUAGAAAAUGCAAAGACCUUUGGAAAGAUGAAACCUCGUUAUGAAAUCAACUCAUUGAUCAGAUAUCACUGUAAAGAUGGUUUCAUCCAGCGUCACAUCCCAACCAUCCGAUGCCAGGGAAAUGGACGAUGGGAUUUACCUAAAAUUACCUGCAUGACUCCAUCUUCAUUCCAAAGGACUUAUUCUAAGAAAUAUUAUUAUAAACAUUCUUCACCAGUAAAAGGAAAUUCAUUAAACUCAUCAAAACAUUUUCAUCGUUGGAUCAGGUCAUGGCAGGAUUCAAGGCGCUGAACACAUUCUAUCCACAUUGGGACACUCACUGGGCCAGCCAAAGUCCUACGUUACUGUGCCUUUCUCUAUCAGUUAUAGGAGUAUUAUCAAGAAUUUGUGGAAACAUAAGGACCUCACACAACACAUAUCAACAAUUGCUACAUAUGCCACUUUGAAAAGGAAUCCAUUUCCAGCCUGUCCAGUAUGUUAAUUGUUGAGGGACCAUUUGAUGAUCUAAGCCAGCAUUCUGUAAUAAUUAAAACUGUUUCAUUUUAGCACCAAUGAUAAUGUAAAUAAGAUGAUUUAAUGGUGUUUAAAUGUGUGUUGUGUUCAAAAUCCUGUAUAUACAAUGAGGUGUCACACUAAGUUCAGACUUAUUUAUGGCUAUCUGGUCUUUAAUCAUUUUGUUGUUGUUUGUUUGUCUUGAGGUACUUCACCAGGCUGGAAAUAGUUUUAGAUUGGUUUCUGAUCUUUUUAAAAAAAACAUGGGAGGAAAAAAGAGCUAUCGCAAAAGAAAGAUGAAUUGAAGCAGCAUCUUGCUUUAAGAAUACUGAUGGUCUGUUCUCUCCAAGAGGCACCACAUAAAACCAUGUGACAUGAACCUUUCAUAAGGAUUUGCCUUGACGUAGGGACUGCAGCAGGGAACUUGACCAUUCCAGCUACGGCAUCGACCAAAAGGGACUUGCCUAGAGGACUUUUUUUAAUGACAAAGAGGGCCUGUAGGAAUGCAAAGUGCUAAUACAAUAAAUUUCAACCAGGGCCGCUUUUUUAAACAUAAGUUUUACAACACUAACAAUAGGUCUAUGUUACAGCUCUCUGCAUUUUUAAGAUGGUGAUAGACAGACCUACUUUUGUAAAAAAAAAAAUAAAAAGUAAAUAAUUUUGUAUAUAUAAAUAUAUAUAACCAUUUUUAAUCCUUUUAUAAAGUAAUGAAUGUUUGUGUAUGAAUGCUGCAGCUGUGAAGCGUACAUAAAUAAAUGAAGUAAGCCAUA